AUGGCGGAUCUCACAGGAAGCGACGACUACAAUCUCCAGGCGGCGUGGGACACGGUGUGUCGGUCCUUCGCCAAAACAACCUCGGUGGAUCUCACAGCAACCCCGAAAUACACCAUCGAUCAAGUCCUUGAUCAAAUCCGACAAAAGCAAGAUGAUGAUGAGCAGCGAAAUGCCAAAUAUAAAGUCGCAAAGGAUGUCAUCAGCAAGACUUUGAGCUGUAUCGAAGUUCUUGGUGGAAUUGCGGCCCAGGGAGCAAGUAUGGUAUUUGGCCCAAGCGCUCUUUGUUUCAAUGCUGUGUCAUAUCUCAUCCAAACUGGGGCAAAAUUCAAGGGAAUUUUCAGCAGUCUUGCCGAGCUGUUUAAACGCAUAUCAGAUGUUUUGGAACGAUGCAAGAUCUAUCUUCGCAUGCCACCUGAGGAUGUGGAUAGAUCUUUACGACGGAUAAUCAAUGAUGAGCUAGUGUGUUUUGUAGAAGUCUGUGCGCUUUCGAUGAAAGUUUUAAAAGGACAUAAAAUUUUGAUUGCACUCAAGGUUUUUGCCUUCAACAGUGAUGAAGGGGUCACUGGGCAGUUGAAUCGGCUGGCGGAGCUCGUCGAGCGGGAGUCGCAAAUGCGAGGGACUCUGGGGUUUGAAUCGCAGAAGAACAGUGAGAAGAACAUCAUAGAGACAAGAGAUGGGACAAAGAAGAUAAAUGUGGGCGUCGACAAAUUACUAGAGCUUCAGCAAAAAACCGAGGACGGGAUUACGGGGAAUAAACAGCUUCAGGACGUGGACACCUAUCUUGACAAUCCCAGUGAAAGCUUUGCCAAGAUGCGAGGGAAGUACAGAGAUCUCCGCAGCAGGAAGGUCGAUGGAAGCGGACAAUGGCUCCGCAACGAUUUGGCGUAUACGGAAUGGGCGAGCUGUGAGGAAGAUUCUCCGUUAGAUGUGCUCUGCAUAUCCGGAAGCGAAGGAUGCGGUAAAUCCUACCUUUUCACUGAAGUCAUUCGGGAUCUGCAGGAGAGGAUUUCAAAUGCGACGGACAACUUGAGUCGAAAAUCAAUCGCCUAUUACUUUUUCGAGCAGGGAAGUCCCAGUCGAGGAGCCGGUCAGUUCACGCCGAACGACACCCCAUCUCUAGUCAAGGUAUUGAAGACUGUGGCUUAUCAACUGGCUAGCCAUGACCCGGUCUAUCGGAAAGAACUUGCCUCUUCCGCGAAGUCGCUGGAAGCCAACCAAGUAACCCAAUUAUGGAAUGCUCUCUUCGGCAAGUCUUACAGAGGGGACUCGACUUUCUACAUACUUUUGGAUGGCGCCGAACGGAUUGUACUGGAAGACCUCAAACAGCUCCUGAAUGUUCUAGCCGACCUCCAGAAGAUAUCAGACACCAUGGGCCGAUUCCGCCUUCGCAUCCUCUUCUCUGCGCGAGACGAAACCGUCGAGCAGAUCACAAACAGAUUGAACGAAGGCAUCUCUACCAUUAACGUCUCUUCGAAAAAUAAGGACGAUAUCGAAUUAUUCAUCAACGACCGCCUCGGAAGCAUAGAUAUCCUCAGCAGCGGCUCGAGCCUGGUCGAAGCCCUGAAGAAGGAAAUUCUCGAAGGUUUAUUGAAAGAGGCGCAUGGCGACUUCGUCAACAUAGGUCUUCUACUGAAUGAAAUAGGCGAGAAGCAACGUCCCGGAGAAAUCCGAGACGUAAUUUCUCGGUCAGGCGAGAAACGUUCGAACACGAUUGCCCGCGAGAUCGAGAGAUUGAAUCAGACUCUGGGUGAAGACAAUAUUUCGGAUCUCAAUGAGCUCCUACUCUGGGUUAUGAACGCACGAUGCCCGCUGCGGCUGUACGAAUUGGAAGCCGUUCUCUAUGUGAAGAAUGGCGAGCCAUCACUUCGCCCGUUGGUGGACGAGAUCAACGGUCGGUUCUCUGCCCUAUUACGUAUAGAGGGAGAAAUAGACCUGAAAACAAAGAGCGUACCCCCCACAGCGACUGUGUCUCUAGUGUCAAACUCGAUAGAGGAAUACUUCCGACUAAAGGCCGCUACCGAGGAGACCGAGGCAGACGACGGUCAGCUUGAAUGGAACACCACCGGGGAUGUCCUCGAGUCGGAGGUCAAAAUUGUCCGACGAUUCCUCGAAUUGGUCUGCGAGCCUAAAUUGUUCAAGAAAUUCGAGUUUGAAGCCUUCUUUGAGCGAAAAUUGACCAAAAAGACUGCUCGGCUCGGCGUUGAUACAGACACAGCCCACAUGCGAAUUAUAAUGGCCUGUCUCAGAGCCGUUUCAGAGAAAACCGAUGAAUCUUCUCCGCUGGUAGACUACGCGACAUUUUACUUUGAAGACCAUCUUCGCCUCAUUGAUCUGUCAUUGAUACAGCCACAAAUCAAGGCCAUCGUCGGUCCACAAUUGGUGAAAAUGUUUACAGACGAGAAUAUAUUCAGACUCCGGUGGACGGAGAGCCGCCUGUCGAUGCGGCGUUCCUGGAUAUACGAGGAUGACUGCGUUGAUGUGGUGUUGAAGUGGCUACAGGACUCCUCUGUCACUAAGAAGCUCCCGGAAAAGGACAGGGCAUGGGUCAAGAGUCUUAGUUCGAAGUCGCAGCCUGAUGCAGAUCUCCUGGAGCAUAUCGCCAAGUUCAUGGCGCAUAAAUGGCUACAGGCGGGKGAUUGGGAUUAUACGGAGUUGUUUUAUUGGCUAAAUGCAUAUUUGAACAAGAUUGCAAAUCGCAAAGAUCCCAACGUGGAGCGCGAGACCAAGGAUCUGGAAUCAAAGAAGAUUACGGCGUCUCGGAUCUAUGAGAUAGCCGAUUGGGGUCGACAACGCCUUGGAUUAGACAGUCUUGGAUAUGAGGAAACACGAAACGUGGCCAAAACUUUGAGAGAGUUUGGGAAGUUGGAUGAUGCGGUCGAAACAUUCAAGCGGGCAUCGUCGCUUCAAGAAGAUAAUUGGGGGGCCAGAAUGGGUCUCGCGCGGGCUUACGAUUACCAAGGACAAUAUGCGCUGGCACUUGAGACUCUAGAAGCACUUAAAGCGUCUAUCGAAUGUGGAAAGUCUAAACCCUCUGAUCCUAAGUACUAUUUGCAUCCAAUCACCCAACAUUUGGCCGAGGUGAACGAAAAAGUUGGGAAUGCAGAGAAGGCCUGGGACAUUUAUGAGUCCAUUUUACAGGAACAUCCUGAUGACUAUGAUACCGCCUAUGCUAUGACCUUACUUCUGCAUGGUAAAGGGAACUAUAAACAGCUGGUUGAAUUCCUCGAAGGCUUGAAAGAUUCUACAGACGAGAUUACCGGUCUCGAUCGGCGAACGCAAAUGUUCCACGCGUAUUUCUGGAAUAGCGAUUUUCAUGGCACCAUCGCCGCUGCCGGAAACAGUUUGAACGGCAACGAUAUCACGAAUCUGAAGGGUAGCUAUCGUAUGGCUGUCGACGCKGCAGAAAAAAAAUUACAGGACCAGCUAGGCCGAGAGGAAGAAACCUACAGAGAAGAAAUCAUGGCCAUGCUGAUGCACUACUGUGCCAAGUUCUUCUACAACCACUCCACAUGCGCCGAGGAAAACGAGAUGGCAUUGUCCAUGUGGGUGCGGAUUAUCCAUUUAGACGAAACCGAAAGAAACUCGUACAUAGGACGUGCAAAGCUGUUUGCCACCCGGGAACUCUCCAGCCACUAUUUCGAAAAGGCUCUCCAGGCGGGACAUGGUACCCAACUAGCAGCCAAAUACAUCGAUGAUCUCGAGCAUCUUGCUACUUUGGAAUCGGACGGAAAUCCAACGGACCAGACGAAGGAGAAAUAUCCGCAGCAGUUACUGGCCCGGUACUAUGGACUUUGUGGAAACACGGAGAAAGCAAAGAACGUGAUCAGGGCCUUUGUUAAACUCAAUAUAGAUCUUUUGUCAGAUGACGAUCCCAGCAAUGAUUGGCAGGGAUUUAUGCGCCUGGCAGCGCACUUCAUGUUUGCUGGUCAGGAUGAUAACUCUCUGGCGGCAUGGUCCCUCAUUAUACCCAACCAAGAAGAUGAGGAUACGCACGCUACAAAAGAGACCAAUCGACUGGAGUCAACUAACAAGGCAACCAAAGAAUUGGAAGGUCCUUUGAAAUUCUCAUGCGAUGGAAAAUGUGGAACUAUUUGGACAUACGCAAACGAUAUGUAUGUCUGCCGAGUAUGUGCGGACGUGCAAUUCGACGAAAGUUGCUUGAGAAAGCUACAAGAGGGAACCUUGGGUCUUCAGGUGUGCAGCAAGAACCACGAAAUGCUCCAUGUCCCCAAAUAUGAUGAGGAUAAACUGAAAAAUAUCGGAAAAGGCAAUGUCAUGGUCGGGCAGGAAGUCAUGGCGGUGGAGGAUUGGCUUCAAAAGAUAAAGCAGGACUGGGGCCUUUCGACCGAAUGA